CUCAUAUCCACUACUUAUCUGACAUAGAAUAGAUAUAUAAUUAGAAGUCGAUAAAGAAGCCAUCUCCACUCGACCGUCAACUUAUUUGUCGAACAUUCUCUUGACGCAUACUACUAAAUCUAGUCCUAAUCCACUGUCCACUAUUCGAUUCCCCAUAUAAUCUUUCAGUCAGCUAUAGACACAAUGGCAAACGAAGACCUCGUCAAGGUUACUUACCAAGACCGGAUUGCAAUCAUCACAUUCAACAGACCGGAGAAGCUCAAUGCCCUCAACCAAGACCUAUAUUACCUACUCGGGGAACGUCUCCGGGAAAUUGACCAGCGCGAGGAAAUCUUCAUCACCAUCCUAACCGCCAAAGGACGAUUCUUCUCAGCCGGAGCAGAUGUUACCUCGACCCGCCCAUCCGGCGACCUGAGCAGCAAUGUCCGCCGCGAGCUCACGCGGUCCUUCGUCGUCAACAACCUCGACAUCACGAACACCGUGGCCCACCACUCCAAGAUCCUGGUAGCUGCUCUCAACGGUCCUGUAGUCGGCCUUUCCGCUGCACUGGUCGCCAUGGCCGACUUCAUCUACGCCGCGCCGCAUACCUUCCUGCUCACCCCGUUCUCCUCCCUUGGUCUUGUCGCCGAGGGUGGUUCUUCGCGCGCUCUUGUCGAGCGUCUCGGCAUCUCCAAGGCUAACGAGGCCCUCAUCAUGAGUAAGAAGAUUACCUGUGAGGAGCUUGUGGCUACUGGAUUCGUGAACAAGGUUAUCUCUGCGCCGUCGGGCAGGAAGGAUGAUUCGGAUGGUUUCCUGGAGAAGGUCCUCGAGGAAGUUGAGGAUCGUCUUGGAACUCAUCUGAGUCAGUCUAGUCUCCUGGGGAUUAAGGAGUUGAUCCGCCGGCCGGAGCGAGAGAUUCUGGACCGUCAGAAUUACCUUGAGGUGUUUGCUGGGUUGCAAAGGUUCUUGAAGGGUAUACCUCAGGAGGAGUUCAGGCGGUUGGCUUCGGGAGAGAAGAAACAUAAGCUGUAGUGGAUUCAAAUAUUUAUGGCUGAGAUGUUUUGUCGAAUCCUGUAUAUACGGCUCAGGGGUUUUUAGAUAUACUUUUUCAGGUUAAGGACAUGCCAUGAGUUACUGAAUGGGAUGUUUAGCUACACUGGAAAUAGCUUUACUUG